GCCACCUGUCAGUGUCCAUCAAUGCCAGCUGUCAGUGCUCAUCAAUGCCACCUACCAGUGCUCAUCAGUGCCACAUCAAUGCCACAUAUCAGUGCCUACCAGUGCACAUCAAUGCCACAUAUCAGUGCCCAUCUGAGCUGCCUUUCAGUGCCGCCUAUCAGUGCCAGUCAGCGCCGCCUAUCAGUGCCAGUCAGCGCCGCCUAUCAGUGCCAUGCCCAUCAGUGAUGCCGGUCAAUGUCCAUCAGUGCCACCUAUCAUUGCCCAUCAGCGCAGCCUCAUUAGCGUACAUCAGUGAAGGAGAAAAAUCACUUAUUUACAAAAUUUUAUAA